GCAUUGGAGAACGCAUAGCUAAAAUGAAUACCACAGUAAUAAAUUAAUUAAUAUAAUUCCCAAGCCACAAUUACAUAGUCUGCUUCAAGUUCAAUCAUACGAUCAAAGCUUCAAGAUCUCUUUUAUCUCUAGUAAACACAAAGCAUUAGAAAAGAAAAAGAAAAAUAAAGAGUCAGUUCCAAAACCUAGCUUGAUAGCAUUUUCAUAUAAAAUCCUGUAAAUCUUUUCAUCAAUCGAUCAAUCAUUAAAAUUCAAUGGCUGAAGAAGCGGCUGCAUCGACGCCGCCUCAAUUAUCCGCGGCUCCUUUGGGAUCUUCCGUUAUACCGAUUGUGAACAAGCUACAAGACAUCUUCGCGCAGCUGGGUAGCCAGUCCACCAUAGAGUUGCCGCAGGUGGCGGUGGUCGGAAGCCAGAGUAGUGGCAAGUCCAGCGUACUUGAGUCACUCGUUGGCCGUGACUUCUUGCCUCGCGGUUCUGAUAUCUGCACGCGCCGCCCUCUCGUCCUUCAGCUCCUCCAGACCAAGCGUAAACCUGAUGGUUCUGAGGAGGAGUAUGGCGAGUUCCUUCACUUGCCUGGAAAGCGCUUCUAUGACUUUUCUGAGAUUCGCAGGGAGAUUCAGGCUGAGACAGAUAGGGAGGCUGGAGGAAACAAAGGUGCGUCAGACAAGCAAAUUCGACUUAAGAUUUUCUCCCCAAAUGUUCUUGAUAUCAAUCUUGUGGAUCUUCCUGGAAUCACAAAGGUUCCUGUGGGUGACCAGCCCUCAGACAUUGAAGCUCGAAUUAGAACAAUGAUCAUGUCGUAUAUUAAACAGCCAAGCUGUCUGAUUCUUGCUGUUACUCCUGCAAAUUCAGACUUGGCAAACUCUGAUGCACUUCAAAUUGCUGGAAAUGCUGAUCCUGAUGGUUAUAGAACCAUUGGUGUUAUUACAAAGUUGGAUAUAAUGGACCGAGGUACUGAUGCUCGUAACCUGUUGCUUGGAAAAGUGGUUCCUCUUCGACUUGGUUAUGUAGGUGUUGUAAAUCGAAGUCAGGAGGAUAUUUUACUCAACCGGAGUAUCAAGGAUGCCCUUGUUGCAGAGGAGAAGUUCUUCCGCAGUCGUCCAGUAUAUACUAGUCUAGCUGAUCGUUGUGGUGUUCCUCAAUUGGCAAAGAAGUUGAACCAGAUUUUAGUACAACAUAUAAAGGCAAUACUUCCUGGCCUGAAAUCACGCAUUAGUUCUGCACUGGUUUCUGUGGCAAAGGAGCAUGCAAGCUAUGGAGAAAUUACAGAAUCAAAGGCUGGCCAGGGAGCUCUUCUCCUGAAUAUUCUUUCGAAGUACUGUGAAGCAUUCUCAUCAAUGGUAGAGGGGAGAAAUGAAGAAAUGUCUACAUGUGAGCUGUCUGGUGGAGCAAGAAUUCAUUACAUUUUCCAAUCAAUUUUUGUCAAGAGCUUAGAGGAGGUUGAUCCAUGUGAAGACUUGACCAACGAUGGCAUUCGAACUGCCAUUGAGAAUGCGAAUGGUCCUCGAUCUGCACUAUUUGUUCCAGAAGUUCCGUUUGAAGUGCUUGUUCGAAGGCAAAUAGCACGUUUGCUAGAUCCAAGCCUUCAAUGUGCAAGGUUCAUAUAUGAUGAGUUAAUAAAGAUUAGCCAUCGCUGCAUGGUGAAUGAACUGCAGCGAUUUCCUGUUCUGAGAAGACAUAUGGACCAAGUUAUUGGGAACUUUCUCCGACAAGGCCUCGAACCAUCUGAGACAAUGAUAGGACAUAUUAUUGAAAUGGAGAUGGAUUACAUAAAUACUUCUCACCCAAGUUUUAUUGGUGGGAGCAAGGCUGUAGAACUUGCCAAUCAGCAGAUAAAGAAUUCCAGAGUUCCUUUACCUAUCAGAUCAAAGGAUGGUUCAGAGCCUGAUAAGGCACUUACUUCUGAAAGAAGUAAUAAAUCUCGGGCUAUUCUUGCAAGACAAGUUAAUGGAAUCGUUGCUGAUCAGGGAGUCCGUCCUGUUGCAGAUGGUGAAAAACUUCCAUCUACUGGAAGCACAAGUAUUUCAACUUGGGGUAUUCCAUCAAUAUUUGGUGGCAGUGAUAACCGCACAUCAGUGAAAGAGAGCUCAACAAACAACAAGCCAUAUAGUGAACCUGUUCAUGAUGCUGAACAUUCCUUUUCCAUGAUCCAUCUCAGAGAGCCCCCAACUGUAUUGAGGCCUUCAGAAGACCGUUCAGAAACUCAAGCUAUUGAAAUUGCUAUUACCAAACUGCUCUUAAGAUCAUACUAUGACAUUGUUAGGAAGAACAUAGAGGACUCUGUGCCCAAAGCAAUUAUGCACUUCUUGGUAAACCAUACAAAACGUGAACUUCACAAUGUCUUUAUCAAAAAGCUCUACAGAGAAAACCUGUUUGAAGAAAUGUUACAAGAACCUGAUGAGAUCGCUUCUAAGAGAAAACGUACUCGAGAAACACUUCGAGUUCUCCAACUGGCAUUCAGGACAUUGGAUGAAUUGCCAUUGGAAGCUGAAACAGUUGAGAGGGGAUAUAGUCUGGGUUCUGAUCCAACAGGGCUGCCGGAGAUUCAUGGACUGCCAACAUCAUCAAUGUAUUCUAUAAGUAGUAGUUCAAAUGAUUCUUACACAGCUUCUUCCAAAAACCCAAAACCUCGCAAGUCAGCUCACUCGGGCGAACUACAGUCACACUUGUUUGACAAUGCAGAUUCAAAUGGAAAUGGGCGCCAUUACAUGCCAGGCCUCUAUCCCACAGUUUAUCUGUAAGCCAUUUGAACGUGAAACUGUGCAGGUUGGUCCAAGUUUCUUUUAUCAAAUAUGGAGGCGUUAUAUUCAUUUGAUUGCUUAGUCUAAUUUUUUUCCCUCAAGAUCUUCAGAACUCCUCCAACCAAAGCUGGCAUAUCGGUAAGUUGGUGUUAUUUCCUAGCUUUUAUGCAUUUUAUUUUGACUCCAUAUAUUUCCUUGUUCUACUGCCAUAAUAUAGGGUUAUUUGCAUUGUUUAUCACUCCGGGAAGAAGUAACUUGCUCUUUUUUUUUGUCAGAAAUGAUAGUUUUCUGUUCCUAUAACCAUUCUUUUCGCAAUCUCUUUUCGCUCCCCUAUUUGUUAACAUCAGGCAGUAAACACAGCCGACUAUUUGGGUGAUAAUGCAUUUGGAUCAAGAAUGUUAGCCAUGGAGUCUGUGUCCGUUGGCCUGGUUGUUUUUUGGUUUUGCCUGUAAAGAAACGGAUAAUUGCAAUUUUGGAUUCCAUAAUUUCGGCAGAAGUUGAAGAAUAAUAAUCAUAAAAGCUAUGAAAAUUACUGUUGUUUCAUUGUAAAA